GUCAGAAGGUGAUAUGGUUAAUCACAGGCAAUUGUUUCUAAGGUUAAGUUCUAGCUUACUUGCCGAGGAAAUAAGACAUCACUUUUAAUACUUGUCUAGGGACGAAGUGAUGUUUGUCCAGUUAUUAUGCACAGUUUUGGUCAUCGUCAACAUCUGUGAUGACGUUUCUGCAGCAGGACGUCCACGCCAUAUUGUGUUCAUCGUGGCGGAUGAUCUCGGAUGGAACGAUGUUGGCUUCCAUAACCCAGAUAUGAUCACACCCAACAUCGACAAGCUGGCAACAGAAGGCUUGAUACUGAAUCAUUCCUAUGUCCAACCGCUCUGCAGUCCGUCGAGAAGUGCGUUCAUGUCUGGCUAUUACCCCUUCAAGACAGGGUUGCAGCAUCUGGUUAUUGUGAAUUACCAGCCCGUCUGUCUGCCCCUGAACAUCACGAUCCUGCCGCAGAAAUUGAAGCAGCUGGGCUAUGCCACACACAUCAUAGGGAAGUGGCACACUGGGUUCUGUAGUUGGAAUUGCACCCCGACGUACCGUGGCUUUGACAGCUUCUUCGGCUACUACAACGCCCAGGAAGACUACUACACGCACACAACUCUCGAUUACCUGGACUUCCGCAACAACACCAGCCCCGAGAAGACCGACAACGGCACAUACUCAACGUAUCGGUUUGCUGAUGAAGCCAUCGGCAUCAUCGAGCGCCAUGACAAGACCCGGCCGUUGUUUCUGUACCUUCCGUUUCAAGCCGUCCACGCCCCCAUAGAGGUUCCCGAAAAGUAUGAAGCAAUGUAUCCGAACGUAAAGACGGAAGGUCGUCGUAAAUAUUGUGGAAUGGUCUCAGCUCUUGACGACGCAAUUGGUAACAUUACAAAAGCCUUGACAAGCAGUGGAUUAAUGGAAGACACACUGAUUCUGUUUACUGCCGAUAAUGGUGGCUGGAUCACCGAACACGGCAACAAUUACCCCCUGCGAGGAGGCAAGGUGACUGUGUACGAGGGGGGAACGAGGGCAGUAGCAUUCAUGCACGGAUCCGGUCUCCAGAAAACCGGAACUGUGUUUGACGGAAUGAUCCACGCCGUAGACUGGCUGCCCACCCUGACAGCAGCUGCCGGAGGGACCCCAGUGACAGACCGGGACGGCAUCAACCUAUGGCCUAGUCUCAGCUCAGCCUCCCCUUCACCCCGCACUGAGGUCGUCUACAACUACGACUCACACCCCUUCCCGGAAGAGGGACAUGCAGCCAUCAGAAUGGGUGACUACAAACUGAUCGAUGGCUACCCGGGACUCUACCCUGGCUGGUACAAGCCUGAACAAGUCACAUCUGACCUGAACAUCACCCACAUCAGCGAUUGGGCCAACAAGUAUCAGCUGUUCAACUUGAAAGAUGACCCCAGUGAGCGUAACGACCUCUCCUCCUCUCAACCGGACAUGGUGAAGAAGCUUGCUGCCAGACUGGCCUGGUAUGAGAAGCAGGCAGUACCACCCAACUUCCCUGAGACCCCCGACCCCAAGAGCAACCCUGCGCUGUACGGCAAUGUCUGGUCUCCCGGCUGGUGCUGAUAGCUCCGUGUUGUACAACCAUGGAAUAAAGUCGGUAUAUAAA